AACCGCAAAUGCUGCACCACACAUAUAGUUCCGACCUUUAGAAUUAAAGAUUACACCAAUGAUCGUUGCUUCCGUGUUUCAUAUAAUAACUCAGUAAUACUAGAAGAUAGAAAUGGUGCUGCCUGUAAACAGAAAAGUGGGUUUACAAGUUUCUGAGCAAACGUUAGUUGUAAUGGACAAUGAUGCGCGGCUUUUUCCUGAACAGAGUAGUAGUGUAUAUAUAUCCAUAUAUUGGUUGGGUGUGCACAGUGUUUUUUCUACUAACUUUACUUUAUCUUUCUUGAACCUGUGCUCCCAAUUCCAUAUCGCAUUUUCAGUUGCAGUUUGCGGUCGCGGCGACGUGUUUCCCAGGGGUGUGAACGCGCGGCCGCUGGACCUGCUUUCAUUGGAAACAAAAGACAUGAGGUACAAUGAAAAAGAGCUUCUCUUACUUGCCAGACAACCCGCAGAAAAGGCAGCUGAGCUGUUCAUGAAAGGGUACAAGAAGGGAGACGUUCCGAAGAAGCGCCUGAUGAAGCUUGUGGUUAAUUUUCUCUUCUACUUCAGAGUGGAUGAAGAAGAGCCUGUAGGAGCUUUACUAUUGGAGCAGUGCAAAAUUGCCAGAGAAGACAACAUGAGUAAUGCUUUUUCAAUUGCUUUUGUUGAAGAACCAGAAAAGAAGUACAUAUUUGAAUGUGAGAACAAAGAACAGUGUGAUGAGUGGAUUGAUGCUCUUACCAAAGCAAGUUAUGAAUUUAUGAGAAAAAGUCUGAUAUUUUAUCGAACUGAGAUUCAAGAGAUGACUGGAAAGGAUCCACUGGAGCAGUAUGGCAUUUCUGAUGAAACAAGAUUUCGAGUGGGAACCCGUAGUGAUACAUAAGCCUUUCCAGGAGAUUUCAACAAGUGAAGGAUUUUCAUCUAGUGCUGUAAACAUGGAACAGCACUGCUGAGAAUUUUGAUUCUUUGGUGCAUUAGCACAGUGACCAAUUUACUGACUUCUGUUUAGUAAUAUUUAUGAAUUUUUUUUAUUUUUGAUAACAUUCAAGUUUUUUUUAGAGAAAGUGACAGAUUUUGAAGCAGAGUUGGAUAUUGGUACAUAAUCACCAAAUGCCACUGAGCUACUUAUCUGAGAUGCUAAUUCAUUUGGGACUACAGCACUGUGGUGCAAUACCUUAUGUGGCCUAACGUGGUUGGUCAAAGGGAACAUUCUAAAAGUGGAGUACACUUAAUAAAUUGCUGUGCAGCACUUCACGUGUGUGGAGCAUGUGGCAAGUGGUCUUUUUCCUCUGUCCAAGAUUUCAGAACAUUUUAUUAAUUUAUCUUUUCUGUGCAACUAAGCAAAGAGUCGUCGUCCUUUCUGUGGUUUUUUUUUUUAAUGUUUUAAUUCAAGAGUGAGGAUUCCCAAAGGCAAAAAUUUACAAUCUGCUUUCGAAACUAAACAAAAACAUCUGACAUGAAUGUCUGCAGAGGCUUUUUCUGAUUUGGUGCAUUUUGUGUGUUUCGUGUAGACCUAAUUAAUCCUGUCUUGGAUGAACUUGUUGCAGUUUUUCUUGUUUAUCAAGUACUUCCCAACAUCUACAAUACUCUGACAGAAUUCUGUGACUGAACCCUUUAGCUGUAAAAUGUUUACCCAUAUCGCACCACAUGCUAGUCUCUGUACGCAUAAUUAGGAUUGUUUUAGCUUCAGUCAAAAUCCCCAACAGAUGUGCCUGCUUUAAUUACUGUGUAACUUCAGUCUGACAAGUCCUUUAUUUUUACACCGGCUAGUGCUAUGUGUACUUAAGUUUUAUGCUGUAAUGUGCAUGCUAUGCUUACCUGCAAAAGGAUCAUGAAUAAUACUUAAAUUUUACACAAGUUUCUUUUGGUGCAUACCUUAACACUAUUUGUCUGUUGUACUUCUUUAUAUGGAGUCUGAUAAAGAUCACACAUUUAGUCAUUCCUAAAAACUAUUUAAAUGUUUUGCAACUCAUUUGGAGCUUUAUUGCGUUAUAAUUUUGUUUUUGUCGAAUAACCGUAUGUGCUGCUCAGCUGCAUAUCUUUAGCCAAGUGACUAGGCAACAGCAAUGUAGGUAGCUGCAUGCCCUCUCUGUUAGAGGCAUUAUGCAGAAUAUGAUGUUGCUGAUUGUUGAGGUGUCAGAGACAAACUUGGCUCAAAAAAAAAAAAAAAAAAACUUUUGCACUUGAUAAGUACCUUGUGAAUGUGUCCUGUGCUAUGGGGAGUCCUCAUUCUUGGACACUGGAAUAAAGUUUGAAAUUUA